AUGUCCUUCUCCCCCUCCCCCGGCCCCUCCUCCAAGCCCAAACUCUCGCGCACUGCAACUCCCGCCGAGCAACAAGCCGCAGCGCUGAACAAGCUCCUCUCGAACCCGGACCGCGAAGUGCGCAUACCGGAACGCAAGGAAGAGGGAGUGGGAAAGUCGUUGAGGCCGCCGAGGGAGAUGAUGAAGAAUGUGCAGGGAUCCAGUGCGGGAGCGGGAUCGGGUGACUUUCACGUCUACAAGCAGAGCCGACGACGCGAGUACGAGCGGCUGAAGCUGAUGGACGAGGAGGAGGAAUUCGAACGCCAAAAACGCGAAGCCCUCGAACGGCAACGCGCCGCCGAAGCCGCCGCGGAAGAAAAGACCGCCAAGAACCGUCUCAAACGCCAACGGAAGAAGGAGGCGCGGGGGAAACCGAAGACUUCUUCCACCAAUGGAGCGGCGGGGGAGGGAGAGGGAGGGGAGAAGAAGAGGAAGUUGGCAGGGGGAUCGGGGUUCAAGUUCAGGACUGCGGAUGAGAGGGAUGCGUCGGGCGGAGAGGACGAGGACGAGGCUGGACCGGAGCUGCAGGUGUCGGCUACGAGGGGGAUGACGAAGGAGGAAGAGGCGGAUGAGCUGAGACGGUUGCAGGAGGAGGAGGCGAGGGCACAGCCGGCGAAGGAAGCGGGAAUUGUCAUCCAGGACGAUGACUGA